AUGUCAUUCGUCACGUACUGUAUUCUGGGUGCGGCACAACACAAGCACGGUGGUGGAAGAUUCCGCAGUACUUCAACUCGAUUACAACAACAACAACAACAACAACAACAACAACAACAUAAAGGGGAAAAAACCUCAACAGCCUUGACCCCUGAGCCUCGGCCGCUGUCGGCCCACCGGGAAAAUGUCCUGUACGCUAUGCCAGAUGACGGUGCCCCCCUGCCGUGGCAGCGUAUCGCAGUGCCGCCCUAUGCCACCUACUACCACUAUGGCUACACGCUCCCGCUGCACUUAGAUGCUGCUCCACAACGCCGACACAUCACACAGCUCCGUUACCUGAUGCCCGCUAGAAGAGGCGGGCCAGGACGGGACGGGCCGGGCCUGGCCGGGCAGGGCUCCGACUCUGACAGAGGAGAGUCCUCUAGUCGUAUCGCUGCUCCUGCCCCUGGUCUGAGUGUGAACCUGCGUCUCCUCCUGCUCCUGCUGUGGAAGGCCAUGAGUCUGAGCACCUCCUCCUGCGCUCCUCCUCUGCUCCCCCUCUUCCUCGUCCUCCUCGUCCUCCUGGCUCUCCUCAUCCCUGGGGCCUGGCCCUGCACACCUCAGAAGGCUGACUAUGUGAUGGUGUCGUGCUUCCCCAACACCAUCAUAGCCCACGUGCCUGAGUGCCCGUACGGCUGGGAGAUCACCCAGCUGUCCCUGGGGGGCCUCUGCUAUAACGGCGUCAACAGUCCCGGCUACUACCGAUUCACCAUCCCCGACCUCACCCCCCGCAACCACUCCUACUGCGGCACACAGUCAGAGUACAUCGGAGGCAAAGACCCCAAGUACGUCUUCUACAACUCGGUGGUGUCCAACGACUCGACCCUGACGGUCCGCAACCAGCCGGUCAACUACACCUUCAGCUGCACGUACCGAGCGGCCUACCUGGUCAACAACGCCAUCUUCAGCCAAAGAGUGGCCACCGUGUACGUCAACAAUGGCAGCGUUGGUUCCUUUAAGUCUCAGUUGUCCAUGAACGUUUUCACCAACUCCAAGUUUCUGUAUGCCAAAGAUGCUCCGUAUGUCAUCGAUACGUCAGAAAUUGGAUCUGAGGUCUUCAUCGGUAUAGAGGCGAAGGGCCUAAGCAACAGGUUUAAGGUGGUGAUAAGUAACUGCUGGGCCACUCCCUCCCCCUACUCUACAGACAAGAAGAGAUGGAGCCUCAUCAUCAACAGCUGUCCGUCAGACCCCACGGUGACUAUAUUUGACAACGCCAAAGACAGCCGCUCCACCUUCAAGUUCAACUCGUUCCGCUUCCAAAGGCUGGACAAGGUGUCUACUGUGUGGCUCCACUGUGAUGUACAGCUGUGUGACGGAGAGAAACUCUACUGUCAGCCGAUUCCUUGUACAGCCAGAAGCCUCCAGGCGGACCCGGAGGUGUCAGGCGGAAUCUUGACCACAGAGUUCCAAGUUCGAGGAGAACUGUCUUCUAGCUACCGACACUUGUCAGGUGUCUACUUGUCUGUCAUCUGUGUGGUCUUCGUGAGUUUACUGGGCAGUUUCAACCAUCUGCCAAGGAUGCUGUGAAGGCCAUGGGGUCACAAGGCUUUGGUCUCUGUUCAUGGUGCAAACACACACACACUCUUUUUUUCUCUCUCUCUCACACACACACACACACACACAUAAUGUACACAUGCAAACAUCCACACAUGCACGCACGCACGCAAGCACACACACACCUGUCCUCAGGGGAAGAACCACACACUCCUCUCCUCUCCACUCCUCUCCUCUCCUCUCCUCUCCCCUUCCACUGCCUUCCCCUCUUUAGGGACCAGUGAGCCCAACCCUGCUGCCAUCAUCGACUAUCCCCAACGACCAGCCAGC